AUGCGAAAGAUGCCAGCGACACUCUCCGAUGAUUCAUCAACUGACCAAACUACUUCAUUUGGUAGUGGCUCUAUGGCCCUUCUUAAAAUGGGGAAUGGACAUCGUCGGCCCGUUACCAGAGGCCAUGGGAAAUGUAAAAUUCUUGCUGGUGCUGACAGAUUAUUUCAUGAAGUGGAUAGAGGACAAGCAGAAUCAACUAACAAGAUCCUAAUUCGGAAUAUCAAGAAAAAGCUGGAAGAAUUACCUGGGGUGCUGUGGGAAUACAGAACUACUCUUAAAACAAGCAUGGGCAAAACCCCAUUCUCCCUGGUGUACAGGGACGAGGCGCUGAUACCUGUGGAGAUCGGGGAACCAAGUAUUCGUUACACUCAAACUACGAAAAAAUCCAACAGUGAGGCGAUGGCCGUUGGGUUGGAACUGCUGGAGGAACGAAGAGAAAUGACUUUUGUGCGUAUGAUAGCGUAG